GGAAGGGCCUCUCACUGCAGCGCUUCCACUUUGGUGCGGACAUGGUACACCUGGUUACGGGCUUAGGCGUUUAUGCUAUCUCUCCGUGUUCCCUUCACCGUGUCUCUUGGCUUCGACACCUACCCGGCGCUGACUGAGCGUCUCCUCCCUAACGUCCGCAGUGAAGUAGUACAGUGCUGGCGAUGGUGCGAUGGUGUCUUUGUAAGUCGAUAUGUAUGUUGGUGAGUAUAUAUGUUUUCGGUCCAGCAUGGUCAAUCCGUCCCUUACUAUCACAACACACUCGUACACUAUCAUCUUGUCACAGACUGCACAUUGUUCAUCGAGCCACUCCCGCACUACAGAAUCAAGAUACCGCAAUGCCGGGUAUCAAGGACUUGGUUCGUGACGCGCCAUUUGGGCAGCUCGUGCGAUAUGUCACCGGCAACAAAGUGUUCUUGUACCCAGAAGAGAAGCCAGACUUUCAAUGUCCGGCGGAUUACGCUCAACCACAGGAUCUCGCCAACAAGAAGUCAAGGCACAGCAUCGCAUCUGAGUCAGACUUAGCCACUCCAGACUCAGAGCUUGAAAAAAGUGGAUUGGAGCCGACCGAAUCAUCCAGCCCCAGCCCGCCUGCAGAACGAGUUGAGCAAGGGACGCUCUCAGCCGGUAUUGACCGCAACAUCCUAGAGCGACUUGAUACGUCAAGCUCUCGCUUCGACAAGGACCUAGAGAAAGCCCGCACGAAUCAAGCGCAGCGUGAGCUGUCGCGCAUCAGCACGAAAAGCGCACUUGGCCGGGUUCACACGCAAGCAGAGCUUCAGGAGGCAUGGACUGCGGCGUCACACCUCACCAAAGCGCCGUCUCGACCGAUCGUCCCGCAAAGGACGGCAGAUGGUGUGAUACUGGUUGACUGGUACACUACUGAUGAUCAGGAGAACCCACAAAACUGGCCAGCUCGGAUCAAGAUCUUUGCAAGUCUAUCAAUUUACUUGUACACGCUUGCGGUGUACAUGGGCAGCGCCAUCUACACUCCUUCAGAGUUUGGCCUUAUGAAGCAGUUUGGUGUGAGCCAAGAAGUAGCGUCGCUCGGGCUUGCCUUGUACGUCCUAGCAUACGGGCUCGGUCCUCUCUUCUUCAGCCCUCUGUCGGAAAUACCGAGCAUUGGUCGCAACCCACCCUACAUCAUAACCAUGGCAAUCUUCGUCAUCCUGCUGAUCCCGUCAGCGUUGGUGAACAACUUCGCUGGUCUAAUGGUUCUCCGCUUCUUGUCAGGCUUCUUCGGCUCGCCAGCGCUUGCCACUGGAGGCGCCAGUCUACAAGAUCUGUACAGCUUGAUCAAACUCCCAUACGUCCUGUGCCUUUGGGCUCUCGCGGCAACCUGCGGACCGGCGCUUGGCCCAAUCAUCAGCGGAUUCAGCGUCACAGCUGAGAAUUGGCGCUGGAGCAUGUGGGAGCUCCUUUGGCUCGCUGGACCCGUCUUCCUCAUGAUGUUCUUCUUCCUCCCCGAAACCUCCUCGUCAAACAUCCUACUGCGCCGCGCGCAGCGUCUGCGCAAGUUGACUGGCAACAACAAUCUAAAGGCUCAAAGCGAGAUUGACCAGGCGAACAUGCGGCCCAGAGACGUCGCGUUCGAAGCUCUAGUUCGCCCGAUCCAGCUGAUUGUCAUGGAUCCGGCAAUCGGCUUCACCGCAUUCUACGUCGGGAUCUGCUACGGAAUCUACUACUCCUUCUUCGAGGUCUUCGGUAUAGUAUACAUGGGCAAGUACGGCUUCAACAUUGGCCAGAUGGGUCUCGCAAUUUUCGGCGCAGCCAUCGGCUGCUGGAUUGGCGCCAUCGCAUACGUACUCUGGACGUACUACGUCGUGGAGCCGUACAUCAAGACCCACGGUCUCGGCGCACCAGAGCGCUUCCUUCUUCCCGCCCUGGUUGCGACCCUACUAUGCCCUACCGGUCUGUUCCUCUUCGCCUGGACGGGUGACGCUUCGGUGCACGUCCACUGGAUUGUCAGCAUCAUCGGCGCCUUCCUGUUCAUCACUGGCGUGUUCAUCGUCAUGCAGUGCAUCUUUAUGUACCUGCCGAUGGUGUACCCUCAGUACGCCGCGAGCUUGUUCGCAGGCAACGACUUCGCGCGGUCUUCGAUCGCAUUCGCGGCUAUCCUGUUCAGCAGGCCCAUGUUCACCGGCUUGGGUGUCGGUCCCGGCACCAGUCUCUUAGGUGCUCUUACGGCGGUCUGUGUUGGUGGCAUUUACGUGCUGUACUUCUUCGGUCCUCAGUUGAGGGCUAGAAGUCGAUUCUCGGCGAAGUGAGGGAGAGUGAUAGGAGGUGUAAUUUGUUACAUGUGGUUUGCUCAGCGUUCCAGCACGUAGCGAGGCGAAGGCGGGAUAUUGGGGUUUGUCGUGAUAGACUAAUGAUAGACAAGACGUAUCGAAUCUGUGCACUAGCGUCGAACCG